GUGCAAGACUUGGUUCAAAACUAUCAAAUCAUCAGGAAACACCUCAAACAUGCAUAAGCAUAUAAAGAGCCACCCCCAUGCGAUUGCAACAGAAACUGGAAAACAACAAACCACUUUUACAAGAGAUCUUGAUCUGCUGAGUCCAUCAAGACAUGAAACUGAGCCGCAACCAUCAACAAUUUUAUCAAAAAAAUCUGCUUUGGAAAAAUUUGUAAAAGCUCAUACACCACUUGAUGCCGAAAAUGACAUCUAUGCGGAAAAUAUAUGUGAGUCACCUAAAAAAAAAGGCAACUGUCCAUUACACAAUCAAUGGAACGCAAAUUUUCGUAUUCGGAUGGCGGAAAAGAUUAUUCAAAACUCUGCAAGUUGUUGCUUUACUUUAUUUGCGCCGACAAAAGACCAUUUGAUAUCGUAA